AUGAUGUGUGCGGACAGCGCUUCCAAAGCAGAUGAGGGCAUCUAUGCGUAUAUGUGCACGUGGGAGCACAGUGGGAGGGUCCUCAACACGUCUGCAUUCAGGAGACUGAAGGUCCAAGGUAAGUAGGCUGUGGCUUGAUGACAGCUCUGUCAAUCUGCUCAGCAUUUGAUUUAUUUGAUUGAAUCUUUAUUGAGAUAAAGAGACCUCAUCCAAGAUAGCAGCAGGGUCAGCAAUUUUACAAAUAAAAUCAAAAACGUGGAAACACAAACAGUACAUUAGGCUACAUUUCACAUUUAAAACGAACAGGAUCAAAAGUUAGACCAAAACUAACCCUCAUAUCACGAGUGGCCUUUGCAGCAACCAACUUUUUGAAAGUAUCCAAAUGUAUCUUUCUGACUAAACUGUGUGUUUGUCUCCUUCAGCUCCCUAUACCACUCCUCCUCCUCAGCUCAACCUGCCUAGAGACUGAAGCACAGAGACCACUGACCUGUGUAGGGAUCACACCUGGCUUAAAUACUUUCAAAUACUUGUGUUGUGCUUGAUUUGGUCUGCCCGGUAUAUCUCUGUCUUCACAGUAUCUCUCGUUCUUCAUAGGCACCACUAAGAAGUUGAAGUUUGAAGUGUUUUGUGGGCAGAACAUCGAAGACAACUGUCACCUGUGGUGGGAGAUGAAUGGAGAGAAAGUGUGCUCGCAGCAGCAAGUCUACUGAGUGAAAUUGAAUAGGUACACACAUACAUGCACUCACAUAUUGAUGCACACACACAAGCACACGCGCACACACUUGUUUUUUAGAACAAGGCAACAGAGUUGACACACUUCCUUGAAACAAGACCUCAGAUUCACUAUUGAUAAUUCACUAAUGUGUGAAUGUUCUGUGUAUAUUUGUUACUGUAGCGAGGUGGAGAUAUCUCAAAGGCGGAGUGUCUUCAUGGCUAUCUUGACCAUAGACACAGUGACUAUGAUGGACCACCAGUCACAGUUCAAGUGUGUGGCCAUGAACGACCAGAAAUGGAUAUCUGCAGUGGUGUCUCUCAAGCCAAAAGGUUAGUGGAAACACAUAUGUGCACCUCAACCUGCGCACAUAGGCUACACACACGUCACACAAACACACUCAGACACUCAUCCACAUAUCACACAAACAAGCAUGGACACACAAAAUCAUACAUAUGCACUCAUUCUCUCUCUUUCUCUAACUUUGUUAGUGUUGUGUCUUCCUCCCACAGAGUCUAUGUUGAUGGUGGGUGUAUGUGUGGUCUGCUGCUCUUCCUCUUGUUGGCUGCUGUGGUCGUCAAGGCGUUUGCCAUUGAUCUGGCUCUCCUCUUCAGUGGGGUUUUCAAACACUAUGGUUGUUCUGAGGGUAAGAAUAUUUAGUCCAAUAGUGGAGAACAAUUGGAGGGUUACUUACUAUCAAUGCAAAUAUCAUGGUACAGCUAUAUGGACACUCAAUCACUAUGGUUUUUGUAUUGGUAAAUUUACAAACAUAUAUUAUGAUAAAUAGAUUUGAAACUUGUAUCUCAUUAUGGUAAGUGGUGAAAUAAGUAUAGCCAGUUAUAAUUGUAAUGGCUUAGCAGAUAAUAACAAAAGAAGAAGAAUAUUUACAUGGCUCAAAGAGAAGGAAUAUAAUAUCUAUUGUUUACAGGAAACUCAUUGAACAAUUCUAGAUGAAGUUCUAGAUGAAGGACUGGGGGGGUGAAACAUACUUCUCCCAUGGGCAAAGAAACUCAAAAGGGGUGAUGAUAUUAAUUAACAGUAAUUUCGAUCUGAAUGUGCAAAUUGUCCAAACAGAUCCGCAAGGUAGAUGGAUGAUUUUAAAUAUGAUAUUGCACCAUAAACAGAUAUGGCUCAUUAACCUUUACGGACCAAAUAAUGAUGAUCCACACUUCUUUGACAAUAUAUAUUAUAAAUUAUCAACCCUGCAAGCAAUACAAGACUCUAUUAUUAUGGUGGGAGAUGAUAAUACUGUUUUAAAUAGCUCAAUGAACCGUAAAGGAAAUCACACUACAAACUAUCACCCUCAUGCUCUUAAGGAAAUCAUGAAUGUCAUGGAUACAUUAGAACUAGUAGAUAUAUGAAGGCUUAAAUAUCCUGACCUAGUGAAAUAUACAGUUGAAGUCGGAAGUUUACAUACACCUUAGCCAAAUACAUUUAAACUCACUUUUUCACAAUUUCUGACAUUUAAUCCUAGUAAAAAUUCCCUGUCUUAGGUCAGUUAGGAUCACCACUUUAUUUUAAGAAUGUGAAAUGUCAGAAUAAUAGUAGAGAGAAUUAUUUAUUUCAGCUUUUAUUUCUUUCAUCACAUUCCCAGUGGGUCAGAAGUUUACAUACACUCAAUUACUAUUUGGUAGCAUUGCCUUUAAAUUGUGUAACUUGGGUCAAACAUUUCAGGUAGCCUUCCACAAGCUUCCCAGGUUUGUAGGCCUCCUUGCUCGCACAUGCUUUUUCAGUUCUGCCCACAAAUGUUCUAUAGGAUUGAGGUCAGGGCUUUGUGAUGGCCACUCCAAUACAUUGACUUUGUUGUUCUUAAGCCAUUUUGCCACAACUUUGGAAGUAUGCUUGGGGUCAUUGUCCAUUUGGAAGACCCAUUUGCAACCAAGCUUUAACUUCCUGACUGAUGUCUUGAGAUGUUGCUUCAAUAUAUCCACAUAAUUUUCCUUCCUCAUGACGCCAUGUAUUUUGUGAAGUGCACCAGUCCCUCCUGCAGCAAAGCAACCCCACAGCAUGAUGCUGCCACCCCUGUGCUUCACGGUUGGGAUGGUGUUCUUUGGCUUGCAAGCCACCCCCUUUUUCCACCAAACAUAACGAUGGUCAUUAUGGCCAAACAGUUCUAUUUUUGUUUCAUCGGACCAGAGGACAUUUCUCCAAAAAGUACGAUCUUUGUUCUCAUGUGCAGUUGCAAACCAUAGUCUGGCUUUUCUAUGGCGGUUUUGGAGCAAUGACUUCUUUCUUGCUGAGCGGCCUUUCAGGUUAUGUCAAUAUAGGACUCGUUUUACUGUGGAUAUAGAUACUUUUGUACCUGUUUCCUCCAGCAUCUUCACAAGGUCCUUUGCUGUUGUUCUGGGAUUGAUUUGCACUUUUCGCACCAAAGUAUGUUCAUCUCUAGGAGACAGAACGCGUCUCCUUCCUGAGCGGUAUGACGGCUGCGUGGUCCCAUGGUGUUUAUACUUGUGUACUAUUGUUUGUACAGAUGAACGUGGUACCUUCAGGCGUUUGGAAAUUGCUCCCAAGGAUGAACAAGACUUGUGGAGGUCUACAAUUUUUUUCUGAGGUCUUGGCUGAUUUCUUUAGAUUUUCCCAUGAUGUCAAGCAAAGAGGCACAGAGUUUGAAGGUAGGCCUUGAAAUACAAUCACAGGUACACCUCCAAUUGACUCAAAUGAUGUCAAUUAGCCUAUCAGAAGCUUCUAAAGCCAUGACAUCAUUUUCUGGAAUUUUCCAAGCUGUUUAAAGGCACAGUCAACUUAGUGUAUGUAAACUUCUGACCCACUGGAAUUGUGAUACAGUGAAUUAUAAGUUAAAUAAUCUGUCUGUAAACAAUUGUUGGAAAAAUUACUUGUGUCAUGCACAAAGUAGAUGUCCUAACCGACUUGCCAAAACUAUAGUUUGUUAACAAGAAAUUUGUGGAGUGGUUGAAAAACAACUUUUAAUGACUCCAACCUAAGUGUAUGUAAACUUCCGACUUCAACUGUACAUGGCGGAGACUCAAUCAAGCUAGUCGUCUUGACUUCUAUCUUAUGUCAUUCUCGUUGGCACCAAAUGUUUAAAAAGUGUUGAUAGGGGACAGAAUGCGGUCAGACUAUCAUAUAAUUGGCAUAUACAUUACUCUUACUGAAUUUUCACGUGGGCGAGGAUAUUGGAAAUGUAAUCAAAGCCUAUUGGAUGAUAACUUGUUUUUAACUAGGACUGAGGAAUUUAUAACUGAUUUUUUCCGACAAAACACAGCAAAUCCCCUUAUUGUAUGGGACACUUUUAAAUGUGCCUUUAGAGGCCAUGCAAUUCAGAACUCAUCUUAAAAACAAAAGAAAUGAAGAGUCCAUACUAACAAAGUAAAUAGAAGGUCUAACAGAACAGAUAGAUAGCAAUAAAAACUGUAACAUAGAGGCUCAGAAUAAAUUAGAGGAAAAACAAAAAGAAAUUGAGAAACUUAUUCAAGAAAGAUCAAGUGUAAUAUAUUAUAAAAAAUUAAGCAAACUGGAUGGAAUAUGGGGAAAAAUUCACCAAAUUAUUUUUAAAUCUUCAACAUAGAAAUGCUACCAAAAAGAAUUUACGGAAACUGGUUACAAAUGACGGAGUCACCCAUGAUUCACCAAAUUAUAUUUUGAAGGAGGAAGCAAAGUAGUUUUAGUUUCAGUUGCCUUAAUCUCCUCUAACUGAAGCUAAUUGUAGGGAUUUUUUUCUAUUGAUAAUGUAAAAUUAACAGCCAUACAGAAAGACUCAUGUGAAGGUGAAAUUACAGAGCAAUUAAAGACUUUAAGUCCGGGAAAACUCCAGUGUUGGAUAGCAUACCAGUCGAGGUAUACCAAACAUUUUUUGAUAUACUCAGAGGACCGUUAUUAGCAUGUUUUAACCACUCCUAUGUAAAUGGUAGAUUAUCUGACACUCAAGAAGAAGGUCGGAUUUCAUUAUUACUGAAACAGGAUAGGCCCCCUCACAAAAAAAUCUUACCUUAUGAAAAAUCUGGGAAACCAGGCCUGCUAUUCAUAGCAGACUUUGAAAAGGCAUUUGAUAAAGUACGACUGGAGUUUAUAUAUAAAUGCCUGGAGCAUUUCAAUUUUGGAGAAUCUCUUAUAAAAUGGGUUAAAAUCAUGUAUAGUAACCCUAGGUAUAAAAUAGUAAAUAAUGGCUAUUUCUCCGAAAGUUUUAAACUGUCAAGAGGAGUAAAACAAGGUUGUCCACUAUCGGCAUAUCUAUUUAUUAUGGCCAUCGAAAUGUUCGUUAUUAAAAUCAGAUCCAACAAUAAUAUCAAGGGAUUAGAAAUCCAGGGCUUAAAAACAAAGGUGUCAUUGUACGCUGAUGAUUCAUGUUUUCUUUUAAAUCCACAACUUGAAUCUCUCCACAGUCUCAUAGAGGAUCUAGAUACAUUUUCUAACCGCUCUGGAUUACAACCAAAUUAUGAUAAAUGUACUAUAUUACGUAUUGGAUCACAAAAAAAUACAAUCUUUACUUUACCAUGUAGUUUACCAAUAAAACGGUCUGAUGGUGAUGUGGAUAUACUCGGAAUACAUAUCCCAAAUGAAAUAAAUUAUCUCACUCCAAUAAAUCUUUAUAGAAAGUUAGCAAAAAUAGAUAAGAUCUUGCUACCAUGGAAAGGUGAAUACCUGUCUAUUUGUGGAAAAAUCACCCUGAUUAACUCUUUAGUAUUAUCCCAGUUUACGGAUUUGCUUAUGGUCUUGCCUACGCCUAGCGAACAGUUUUUUUAAUUAUAUGAGAAAAAAAGAUUACAUUUUAUUUGGAACGGCAAGCCAGACCAAAAAAAUAUUAAAUUUGUAGCUUGUUUUUGGUCACAGGUCCAGGAAUGGCUGAAGGAUUGCAAUAUUUACCUGGAGCUAACCCUGCAGAUACAGUAGCCCUACUGGGUGAUCUGAAAAGUCAUAGUCAAUCGAUCAAUAAUAUAAUAAUACUUUUAGCAAAAAAAAAUAUUUUCAAUUUACAAUCUGUAGGAACAAUGAGAAUAGAAGGGUUCAGAACUUUUGUGAAACAUCACAGUACAGUUGAAAAGCAUAUGGCAAAUAGAAAUCCAAUAUGGAUGGUGUUAAGAGAUAGAUGGGAGGUGUUGAAUGGAGCUGAAGGAUGGGACUAAUAACAACUAACAACAACUAAUAACAACAAGAUAACUAAUGUAAAGCAUACUGUGUCCAUAAUAAGUAUAUAGGUUAUAAGUUGAGAGCUUUUGUGAAAGAGCACAGUUAGAAAUAUAUGGCAUAUAGAAGCAAACCGGAUGGACAUCAUGAAAAUGAUCGGAGAGGUUGAGGAAGUUCAGGAGUAAAAACAAACAAAAUAGAAUUAUUGUAAAUUUGACUGUGUCCAUAAAAUGUGUAUAGUAUGUAUAAGCUGGAAGUAGAGGCCUAAUAUGUAUGUAUAUGUAUUUAUAUGUGUGUGUGUGUGUGUGUGUGUGUGUGUAUUUGCGAGAGAAAAAAACCAUGGAGGAUUGGAAAUGAUGCAGACAAUUACUACGAUGGAAGUUACAAUCUGCAAUAUUAAAGCUGAUCUAACCCCCCCCCCCCCCCCUUCCAAAAAUAAAUAAAUAAAUAAAGAUGAUUUAGUCCACAAACUGAAGUUUACUGAUGCUAUUUUAUAUACACAUUUCAUUGUACAUGAAUGCUUAUUCAGCCUAUGUCGGUAUAGUAUUGGGAGCCAUAUAAAAAUGUUACUACAUGUAGUUCUAAGUUACACCACACGGAGGCACUCUAACCUUGUACUGUACAGUAAAUGUCUCAGUCGGUCCCUCUCAUUGUGCAAUGCAGUAGUCUGCAGUAGGCUAAUGCUUCGAACACACUGACUGUGUUGUUGCAUUUUGGUACACAAGAAGUACAUUUAUUUCCAAUGGAACGCUGCGUUUGCCUUGCAGCAUUCCGUUGCAGAGGCAGUUGCAGUGCGUUCUGUGUGGUGCAUACGUUGGAUUUAUCGAACAUAUGCGUCAAACUGUAUGCGUAAACAAGUUGACAGAAAUGGUAGCAGAAGGUGAAUGUUGAACUUUUGUUGCACACAUAUCUAGAUGAUGCUGCAUACUAUUUUGCGCAAUGAGGCAGUCGUGUGUUCAAAGCGUAAGUCUGCUCUUCUCAGCAGGUCCCAUCUGGGGUCAAUCCCACUGCUAGUGUAGAACAAAUUGGCCAUUUAUAAAACAAAGAAAAACUAUAUUUCAGUUCAAAUUUAAUAAAAUCUCUAGAAUCCACUCUUUUCAUGCUAAGGUUUGACAGAAACCUCCUCCUAUGAUGCUUACGUUGUCUACCAGAUAGAUGGUGUAGACAAAGGCAUGGAGGAGAAAGUGUGUCAAUUUGUGAGCAGCAUUCUGCCCACUGUCCUGGAGCAGAAGUGUGGCUUCAGACUCUUCAUCAACGGCAGAGACGACUUACCUGGAAUAGGUUGGUUCAUUUAGACAGUACCCUGCCCUUUAAGAGGAACAUUUAGAAGUAAUAAACAGUACUUAAGUAAAACAUUAGCUUCUCCCGCUCUUCUGUUGUGUCCCCAGACUGCUUGGAGCUAGUGGAGGCCUGCAUGUGGCUAAACAGGAGGCUGAUGGUCAUCCUGACCAAAGUUCCCUCAAAAAUAUGUAGGCACUGAGCAAAUUUCAGGUCUGCUGAGCGCAAACUUGAACUUUGUGAAAAUGUUGUGCAACUUCCAGGGCGCGUUUAUUGUGAACACUGAGGCUGAACCCGCUUUAAGUUACAGUUUGAGACAGUGGUCAAGUAGGCUACUGUGGCUAUUUGAUCAUAAUGUAGGCCUACCAGAGUGGUCUACCAUCAAAAACAAUGGAGAAAAUACAUCCCAUAACAUUUUAACAUGGAAAUAGCUGUUCUAUCAUUCAGCCUACAGUAGCAGCCAAUGUGUGGUGUUCAAUGUAGGCGUACAUUUCAUGACACUUUUGAAAAUAAACAUGCAGGGCUUGACAUUAACCUGUUUAUCCACGUCCUUCAGACAAGGAGGUGACUGAAAAUGUUGUUAUGUUGUUUGAUGCAAGAAACCACCUUUCAAAAUAAAAUCCAAUAUUCUUACCAUACUGAGAAUCAGACUAAUUAUGCUACCCUCUACCUAUUGGCAACUUAGAUUCAAGCCUGUCUCAAAAUACAACACUUCCCCUUUAAGACAAAUAUGGCAAUGGUCUAUUUGCAUAUAGGCUAUACUGUUUUGUUUUGGUAUGGUGUAUUGAAAGUGGCUAAUAUUGCGUUGAUUCAAUCACAAUUGCCACAGUAAAGGGAAACAUUGAUAGUGUUAACAGGGAAAAACCUAGAACAGUGGUCACCAACCUUUUCUGAGUCAAGAUCACUUUGAGUCAAAAUGCAAGCCGAGAUCUACCGCUCAGAUUUGUUUUUACAUGAUUUAAAAAACGUAAUCCUAUUCAACAUUAACAAAUUAAAAGCAGUACUGUAGCAAUGAGGUUUUUGCAGUAAGCGAUAGGCCCAAUACUUUAUCACCGCAUAUUGGCUUUGCUUGAAUUGCCCUGCCAAUGCAUUCUUGUUCCGGACAUUUUUUAAAAUUAGAUUUCUGAAUUUGAGGUAGUCUAUAUGAUCACACUGGUAAUAGAUCCAUUGUUGUAUUACUUGUGAAGCACAGCUGAGUGAGCAUACAUUUAUAUAAUUAGCUUUUUAUUUUACUGGGCUGAUGGUGCCUGCAUCUGAUGGUCAGUCUCAGCGGAGGGAGAGAGCAGCAGACUGAGUGUCCGCCUCUCAACAUCCCUCCGCUCUCCCUUUCCUCCACUGACACUGACCAAAAAGGGACACCAUCUUCCAGCUGAUGGCGAAACUUGAGUCGCACCCAUUAUUUCUGCCUCAUGCACAAAUUAAUAUUGUUACUCCUAUGAACAGAGAAAGUGAAAUAUUCAUAGAUAUUAAAAAUGACCCAAGCUAAUAAUAACAACAACACAAGCCUAUAAAUACACUUUCCUACUCAUUCAUUACUUUUGCAGUGCUUGUUGUAGCACUGAGUGGAAAUAGGAAGAAUGCGCAUAUUAUGGCUUAUAAAAGUGUUGAACACAAAGUGUUGACAGUGCUGAGUAAGAACUUAAACAUGUUGUAUUUGUUGUAUUUGUUUACAGUCUCUCUCUAGUCAGGGUUUUAAACGUUUUGAAAUCUCACAGUAUCAACUUUGCCAUAGCUUAGAGGGAACAUUGAUCCUGACCCCCAGCUCAAACUCAGGGUCAGGCUCAGGAUCGGGAGGUCAAGGGUCAGGGGGCCAGUGGGGCUACUCAUCCUCACUAACCCCAGCAGAAGACUAUGACUGUCAGGUGGGGCUCCACCAGGCUCUGGUCCACAGUGCAAUGAGUGUUCUCCUCAUCCAGCUGGGGGAUAUGGGGGAGGGGGACUACACACACCUGCCCCCCCUGCCUGCAGCACCUAUCCCGCAAGAGUGCCCCUUUAAGGUGGCAGAAGGGAAGGCGGGGGUCGACGCUGCCCAACUCGAGCUUCUGGAAUAG